GGGGAGGCCAAUCGGAGGGCAGAGCGCCGGCAGCAGCAGCUGUAAAAGAAUGGAGUCGCAAGCGCUGGACUCGGACUCGGGCGUGGACGAGUCUCUCGUCGCGCCGCUGCUGGAGCUCGGCAUCCCCGAGGUGGCGGCGCGGCGGGCUCUAGCGCUCACCGGGGGCCGCUCGGCCGAGGCGGCGGCACAGCUCUACUUCAGCAGCGGCCUCGAUUCCCAGGAAGAAGAGGAUGCACAAGGCAGCGGUUACUAUAAGAUGGUCUUUGUGGUGAACAUGGAGCUCUCCAUGGGGACUGGAAAGAUUGCCGCUCAAGUGGGGCAUGCUGCAGUUGGCCUGUUCCAGUUGUUGCAGGAGAAGUCGUCUCACAGGGACAUCAUCAACCAAUGGGAUGAACAAGGUGCAAAGAAAGUCGUACUGCAGGGUUCCAACACUGACCAGUUGCUGGAGCUGCACGCCUUGGCCCUGAGCCUGGAACUGCCAACAUACCUAGUGCAAGACGCAGGGAGGACCCAGGUUCCGACGGGCUCCCACACAGUCCUCGCCAUCAUGGGGGAGGAAGAGAUGGUGAACCAGGUGACUGGGCAGCUGAAACUGCUGAACUGAGAAGUGCUUCAGAGCGUGGCUCUGUCCGCCCCACGUGGAGUCCGCGGGGCCGCCGCCCCUGUGUGUGCGCACACGCUUUUCUCGUGGGAAGAGGAAGCUCCUGCCGACAGCAGUUCUCGAGGCCCGUCAGGGCAGCAUGCCGAACGGAGGGGUGGCUCUCCUUUACGAUAAGAGGAGCGCUCCUUUUCUCCCCCCCUUUUCUUUUUCUUUCCAGUAAGGCGGAGGCUUUAAAGCUCUCUCUCUCUCCCAGUUGGAUUGUUAGGGUUCUCUCCCCAGUGGCUCUGUCAUGGAUAUAGGUCUGCAUUUCCCAUACCGCCCUCAAACCAGGUGAGAUGAUGUACAGGUGUGGCCCAAACUUCCGUGUGGAGGGAAACCAUGAAAGGAAUGCCGGGGUCACCUGGCGACGGGAAGGCUGACCUUGUACCUAACGCAUCGCCGCCACUUGUCAGUCUCAUUUGGGGCAUUAUUAUUAUUAAUGAAGGAAUGAAGAUGCCGCAACCCCUCCGGACCGCUUAUUCUGUCGCUGAACUGCUCUUAGGAAGCUGUCGUUAUCUCUGUUUUAGCCAAAAGUAGUUGAAAUCCCUUGUCUUUGUAUUCCUGCUUGUGGACUGUUUUCCUAUCUUUGCGGAAUCCUUCCUGUUACCCUUUUCAGAUGACUUCAGGGGGUGGGGGGUGGAAAAGGAUUUUGAAAAUAGAGUUCGCAACGUACUAUCACGUCUCCAGCCAACGGAUGGGGGGUGGAAUAAGGAAUGGCUGUGCUGGACACAUCCAGGAAUAGGCCAUAGCUGACACAGGAGGGUUAAAUCAAACAUGGAGAACUUUUUUUCCCUGCUGGGGGGCUGUAUUCCUGGGUGGGUGGGGGCAAUCAUUAGGGCUGCAUGCUAGCAGUGGGUAGGAUCCGAGUCCAAAGUGGGUGGGAUACCGUCCUUUUCUCCCCUGCCUUCUCAUCUUCCCCACCCCACCCAAUUUUGCUCCUUUCCCAGCCACCCACAUUAAAUUAGGCUGUGAUGUUUGUCUGCCCACCCUUGGUUUAAAGCAGCAGAGAGAGGCAGCCAAAGCAGGGGUAGCCAACACGGUGCCCUCUGGUCGUUGCCGAAAUCCCAACUCUCAUUGGCCUCAGCCAGCGUGACCAAUAAUCUGGGGUGUGUUGGGAGUUGGCCGUUCAGCAAAAACCCGGAAGGCCCAAUGUUUGCUACCUAGCCUAGAGCUAAGGACCAAUGUAGAAGAGAAUGCAGCUUUGCUGGUGUUCGGCGGUGUGCGAUCCUUUCCUUCCCCUCCUGUCCGAUUAAAAACCCAAUGUGAGUGUUCCUGUUUCGGUAGAACAAAAGUAUUCAACGAAUAAAUGAAAAACAUGCCUCUUGA